AUGGAGAGUGGAGCAGGAAAGCACUGGACUGAGGAAGAGGUUAAAGCUUUGCUAAGUAUCUGGGCAGAAAAAAAUAUACGAAAACAACUCUAUGGAACACUGAGAAAUAAAGGAAUAUUUAUCUACAUUGCUAAAAGGCUGCAAGCACUAGGAGUAUACAGAGAUUGGAAACAGUGCCGGGCAAAGUACAAAAAUCUCAAAUAUGAAUACAGAACGGUUAAAUAUGCCCACAAUUCUGGAGACAGCUCUAAAACUAUGAAGUUCUUCCAUGAUUUGGAUGCGAUCCUGCAGUAUGAACCUGCCACACAAUUAACAGAGGAAGAUGCAAAUGACAGGUGCCUGGCAACGCUGAGCCAAAGUACAGCCCCAGAGAUCACUGAAGGUAACUCUCCACCAAUAAUGGAACCCCCUAAUAAUCCAACUUUCAUUCCAGCUGUAGCAAAUGAAGGAGGAAAACACUGGACUGUGCCAGAAGUCAGGGCUCUGAUAGGCAUCUGGUCUGAUAAAGGCAUACAACAACAACUAGAGGGAACAGUGAGAAAUAAGAGGAUAUUUGAACAAAUUGCUGCCGAGCUUCAGAAACUCGGAAUAGAGAGAGACUGGAAGCAGUGCAGAACAAAGUACAAAAACUUAAAACAUGAAUACAAGAUUGUAAGAAUGGCUCAAGACCUAGGCAUGACUAAGAGUAUGAAAUUUUUUACUGAGUUGGAUGCUAUUCUGGGACACAGUAAAACAGAAAACUCACAAGAACAGGAAUCCCACGAUGGAAAGGAAGCCACAGGAUGUGCCAAUGUAAAAAUGGAAGACGAUCAGACAGAAUUAUUUGAAAGUCAUACCCAAAACCCAAGAACUUUGAGAAUCAAGAGAAAAGCACAUGAAGAUGAACCAGCGGCAGUAUCUCUUAAGAAAACUGCUCCUGAGAUCACUGCAAAUCAGUUUCCUCAAAGAAGAACAGAACCAAAAGAUUGUACAGAAUGUUUUUGCAGUCAGGAGACCCCCUACGUGACCCAACUUCAUCAGAGUCCUGCCUCUCUUCCUAGAGCUGUUGCUGCUUCCAGACCACUCCGGAUAAUGGCGACAGCCGAGGUACUGAAGAUUGGUAAAAAACUCUAUGAGGGUAAAACAAAAGAAGUCUAUGAAUUGUUGGAUAGUCCAGGAAAAGUCCUCCUGCAGUCCAAGGACCAGAUUACAGCAGGAAAUGCAGCCAGGAAGAAUCACCUUGAAGGAAAAGCUGCAAUCUCAAAUAAAAUUACCAGUUGUAUUUUUCAGCUGUUACAGGAAGCAGUGAGCAGUGUAAAGAGUUCAGACAGUAUCAAAACUGCUUUCACCAGAAAAUGUGGAGAGACAGCUUUCAUUGCACCUAAGUGUGAAAUGAUUCCAAUUGAAUGGGUUUGUAGAAGAAUAGCAACUGGUUCUUUUCUCAAAAGAAAUCCUGGUGUCAAGGAAGGAUAUAAGUUCUACCCACCUAAAGUAGAGAUGUUUUUCAAGGAUGAUGCUAAUAAUGAUCCGCAGUGGUCUGAGGAACAGCUAAUUGCUGCAAAUUUUUGCUUUGCUGGACUUGUUAUAGGCCAAACUGAAGUGGAUAUCAUGAGUCAUGCUACACAGGCUAUUUUUGAAAUACUGGAGAAAUCCUGGUUGCCCCAGAACUGUACACUGGUUGAUAUGAAGAUUGAAUUUGGUGUUGAUGUAACCACCAAAGAAAUUGUUCUUGCUGAUGUUAUUGAUAAUGAUUCCUGGAGACUCUGGCCAUCAGGAGAUCGAAGCCAACAAAAAGACAAACAGUUGUAUCGUGACCUCAAGGAAGUAACUCCUGAAGGGCUGCAGAUGGUAAAGAAAAAUUUUGAGUGGGUUGCAGAAAGAGUAGAGUUGCUUCUGAAACCAGAAAGUCAGUGCAGGGUUGUAGUACUGAUGGGCUCAACCUCUGAUCUUAGUCACUGUGAAAAAAUUAAGAAGGCUUGUGGAAAUUUUGGCAUUCCCUGUGAACUUAGGGUAACAUCUGCCCAUAAAGGACCAGAUGAAACUCUGAGGAUUAAAGCUGAGUAUGAAGGGGAUGGCAUUCCUACUGUAUUUGUGGCAGUGGCAGGCAGAAGCAAUGGUUUAGGACCAGUGAUGUCUGGUAACACAGCAUAUCCAGUUAUCAGCUCUCCUCCCCUCACUCCAGACUGGGGAGCUCAGGAUGUGUGGUCUUCUCUUCGAUUACCCAGUGGUCUUGGCUGUUCAACCAUACUUUCUCCAGAAGGAUCAGCUCAGUUUGCUGCUCAGAUAUUUGGAUUAAACAACCAUUUGAUUUGGGCCAAACUGCGAGCAAGUGUAUUGAACACCUGGAUUUCCUUGAAGCAGGCUGACAAGAAAAUCAGAGAGGGCAAUUUAUAAGAAAGAACAUCAUUGCAUUGUUUAGGAGAAAAACUAUAAAUUUCUAGUUUAGCUGCAGAAAAAAGAAAUCAAGCAAGAUGAAAAGAUUUUAAAUCAAUCAGAGAAAACAAAAUUUAAAAGUGAAUGAAUGCCUCUCUAGAUUCAUGAAUUAGUAGAAUAAAUGUACAUAUUUAUUAGUAUUUCUUUAUAAGUAGUGAAAUUAGUAUACAUUUAAAAUUAAUCUCUUACCCACAUAUGGUCAGUUAGGUAGGCAGUAUAAUUAAAUAUAUUUCUUAAAUGAUAAUAAUGUUCUAUUAUAGAGCUCUAAAGUUACUACUUCCUACAUCUGAGUCCGUAAGUUUUAGAAACUUAAAAUGGUUGUAUCUUAGGGUGGUUAAGAGCAAUAUAGUCCUCUUUCACAUUAUGAUCUUUACAAAACUCUAGGGCAUGGUUUUUUAUUUGCAGUCAGUAUGUCAGAAAAUGAUGUUGUAUUUAUCUCUAGCUAUAGCUAGAGAUGAUGUUUGGGUUUGAUAUUGCCUUUUUUAAGAAAAGCUGAGAUUGACUCUGCGGGUAAGAAAGACAUGAAUUAAGAUGAAGGGGCACUGUGGAAACCAUGGAGAGACUUCUGAGAACUUCUCUGUUAAGUGUCAGGGCAAUUUCCCAUGGAAAAGAAUUAGAGUCACCUUUGCCAUUGCAAAUGAGUUAGUAAAUCUUACUUGGCUCUGUAGGUCAUAAAAUUCUUUUAAUUCUGAUAACACAUAUUUUAGCCAGACUAACAAUCCCCAACCUACCAUCAUUUUCAAAAAUUGGAAUCUCCCAGUUAAUACCCAUAACUAGUUUCUUUCUUGUAAUAGUAUUAAGUCUAGUAUACCCAGCAAAAUGCACUUCUAAAGGAGCAGUUGUUACUGAGAGGUAUGAUAGUUCAUCAUGAGUCUAUAAACCAUAUUUGGAAAUAUCAGUGUUACAUUACACAGCCUUGAGGAUUUUAUAGAUCAUGAAACUUUAAUCCAGGUGUCUAUGAACCCCUUAAGCUUACAUGUAAAAUUUUAUGUAUAUGUUCACUUCUAUGAGAAGGGGGCAAUCAAUUUUUACCAAAAAGAUGUGUCCCCCCCAAAAUGUUAAGAAUCUCUGCUAUGAAAUCUUGACAAAUCAAGAUGAAAUCUUGACACUGGCCUACCCGGUCUAUGGUUUUUCACUUCCCUCUCAACUGUUAGCAAGCUGGCAUCUCAUCACUUCCUUCACCUGAUCUCUGUGCAGUAUGACUGACCUAACUUCCUUUCUUGGGCUAUACACCAAGUUGUUCCAACCUCAAUCUUAAUCAUUCCUCAUAUUUUACUCUUUCCCUUAAGUAUUGAUGUUUCCUACUAUUGAGUUCAUUGUUUACAAAUAAUGGUAGGAUAAUUUUAAUUCUUUACAGUGAAUGUCUGUAGACUUGUAUUUUCAGCUGUCCAUUUCUGUCUGAAUGGUCUAAACUUAACUCAUCUUCCACCAAGCCUAUAUCUGGCUGCACUCACUGUCCCAAAUUAAUUUUAUCCUUGAUGUUUUUCUCUGACCUUUCAUUUCUAACUCAUCACCAGGUCUUGAAUUUACCCUGUUUACCCAUCCACUGUACAUAAACCUCAAGCAAGGGUCAAAUUCUGUAUUAGCCUGAUCUAGGUCUUUUUUUUUUUUUUUUUUUUUUUUUGUGGUACGCGGACCUCUCACUGUUGUGGCCUCUCCUGUUGCGGAGCACAGGCUCCGGACGCGGAGGCUCAGUGGCCAUGGCUCGUGGGCCCAGCCGCUCCGCGGCAUGUGGGAUCUUCCCGGACUGGGGCACGAACCCGUGUCCCCUGCAUCGGCAGGCGGACUCUCAACCACUGCGCCACCAGGGAAGCCCUAGGUCUUCCUUCUUAACCCAACCUUUUUGAGGUUGAUUGUCCAAGGACUUACAACAAAAUCUCUUAAAUAAAUUUCUUUUGCAACAUA